AUGCCAUUUAUAAAAUCGAAGGUAAUUACUUUUCAUGAUCCAUGUAGUCAUACUUCUUGUAGAAAAGGGGCCGUAAUGUCAUCUUUCCCAACAAGAUCCCAGCCGAUCCCCCAAAAGGAGUCGAGGAAAAAAGAAGAGAGAGGCUGCAGAAUUAUCUCAACAACAGGAUCCAUGGGUCCCGAGGUCGGGCGGGUGAAAAAAUUAGAUUAUUCAAAUUGGAGGAUCUCAAUUUUAUAAAGAAUGCAACGAAAUAUCCUUGGGAGACAAUUAAGUAUUACAGUGAUGUCAAACAUUAUUCAAGAAUUGGCAGGAAUGCAAGUUUUACUAGUACCGGUUUUAUGUUUCUUGCAGAAAUUAUCGGGUGUUACUUUCACCACUGAACAGAUUAUCUUUGAUGUAAUUGUUAUCCUUACUUUACUCUUUUUACCCAUCAUGCUCCUUUCGCUGAACAAAAACAUGCUUGAAUCGUUGCAUUACAAGGAUUAUCUUCUUUUUCAUGUCCUUACAAUUUAUGAUUACUUCCAAUCCGAUGCUUCGAAAUUUGAAACUUCCCAUUCAAUGCAUUAUGAAACCACGGAAAUUCUGAAGGCGUACAAGGAUCUAGCCGACCAUUCCAGGAUACCAUGGAUUUUGAGCUUUCCGUUGUUCCCGCUGAAUGUCCUAAUCCCCAGUUGUUUGGCCUUGAGAUGGCCAAAACAGAGGUUUCUGGGUCCUGGAUUUGUGUUGAAACUAAUACUAGUUGUCAUGUUAAUCAAUUUGAUAACUGCGGGACUAGUUGUAUUUGUCGGUUCGAUCAAACAUGACUCUAGAGACAUUUCUGAAUGGGAUCAGACGUUGCUCGAUAGGAUCCAGAAAUUUGAAUUAUGCUCUAUGAACUUAUCAAUGGAUAGGACUGUUAUUGGUGAUGUUAACGUAAGUCUAAUGAUGAAUCCUAACCAGAGAUUGCCACGGUCAAAAUUUCGGCUCCGGCUCUUGGCUCCGUGCAAAAUUUAAAAAGGCCUCCGGCUCCGAAUCCCGGCUCCUAUGCAAAAUGUUUUUUUAAAAAUAUUUUUGCAAAAAUAAAAGUUAUUAGUGCCAGAGAUCAUACAGCCAACAUUUUUGCAAUCAAGUCACAUCCUCCGCAGUGUUUUUUCAAGCAAUUUGGUUUACCAAGAUCACGAAAUUUUUACUUUUCCGACCGCUGGGAAGCCUGGCUCCGUCUUUGGGCUCGGGAGCCGGAGCCGCUCAGAGCCGGAGCCAAGAGCCGGCUCCGGAGCCGUGGCAAUCUCUGAUCCUAACGUUAUUUACAUAUUGUAGAAGAGCACUAAUUUUUGUGUUUUUCUUUCGGGAGAUGUGAACGAGUUUUGUGUCAAUUCUACUGCAUUAUAUCGAUGCGAAUAUGUUGAAGUGGGUUACGACACAAUAAAGAAUAGUUUUGAGGACCUGCCAACCGAAUGGUUUAAAACCGAGGGAUAUCAGACGUUCUUGUAUACGAUAGUAAUCACCUUGUUGUACUUGAUUGUAAUGGUAAAGGCACAUAGUCAACACUGCAAUUAUCAGAAAAUCUUGAAAGGCAUCCCGGACAGAACAACUUUUACUGCAAAGUAGGAAGAGGAAUUACCGCUAUGUUUGCCUGGGCGAACACUACUCCUCGUUUCAAAAUGAUAGAGCCAUUGAUAUUUCCUACCGUAUAUACCGGGACGAAAAAAUAUGAAGCUAGACGGGCCUGAUGGGUUGGCAUAUUACUGACGUCGCCUUGGUAUAGAGGAUGUCAAAUUUUCUGCAAGAAAUUUUUGCGUAGGAUUAGUAAUAAUUUUAGGUGGCAUACCUAAAAUUAGUUUGGUUAGACUCAUGAUAGCUGAGAAAAACACCUAAAAGAUGGCUAUAAGAUUUUGAAACGGAGUGUAGCUCAAUUUUUCGUCACCGACUUAUAUAUAUUUCACUAGUGUCACAUUUUUCAUUUUUAGAUUGGCAACGGCGGGCUCAGUAGAUAGUGUAGUCUAUAAUGCCACACUGGAAGGCGAUGAUUACAAAUUUGGCAUACAGUAUCCUUCCUAUUCCUCAUGCCUUUGCAAUUCCCCCGAAUGUCUGUACAAUCACUGA